AUGUUCACCAGGAUGUUAAAACUGAGACUUCUCAAUGCUGUGGCACCGGCAUACUUCUUCACAGCUACAGCAGUCACCUUCAUUUUGCACUUCUGCUUCUUCAUCCCAACAAUAUUCCCAAACCCAGAUACAUCACCAAGGGUGUCCACGACUCUUCACACGGUUGUUUUUCUCUUCUUGAUGUUCAAUGCACUGGGGAAUUACAUAAUGACUAUCAAAUAUCCUGCUGAAAGUGCCAACGAGACUGUGAUUCCAGUGUGUUCGCCCCACUGCUCUGACAAAGUGGACGCUCACUACCUCCUGAACGGUCGUCACUUCUGCAAACUGUGUAAGAAAGUUAUCCUCAAGAGGGAUCACCACUGCUUCUUCACUGGAAACUGCAUCGGCAACAGGAACAUGCGAUAUUUCAUCAUGUUCUGCAUCUACACAUCAUGCACAUGCUUGUACUCUUUGGUCCUUGGUGUGGCCUUUCUAACGGUGGAGUACUCCAUCUCCUUUGAGAACCCGCUGACCUUCCUGACCCUUCUCCCCCUCUCCACCGGCUACUUCUUCAUGGGAACAAUCUCAGGCUUGCAGCUGUUCGUGGUGCUGAUGCUCUACGUGUGGCUGGGCAUCGGCCUGGUCUGUGCAGGAUUCUGCUGCCAGCAGGUGCUGCUGGUGGCACGGGGACAGACCUGGUGUCAGAUGCAGAGAGGAGAGUUCGUGGAGAACCACAGCCCCUGGAGAACCAACCUAAGGGAUGUUUUUGGCACCCGCUGGAUCCUCGGCCUUAUCCUGCCUGUGCAGACGGUGGAGACGUGCUCUGAGGACACAGACACAGACGCACACAAACAAGACUGA